AUGGAUGAUGAUGUUGCUGUUGAAUAUUUAGAAAAAUUACAACGUGUGAAGGGUGCUUUUGAUCACGUCUUUUAUGUUGAAUUAUGGAUUGCCGCUUUAACUGGAUUAGCAGAAGAAUAUGGUGAUUAUUCGGGUUCAGGAGGUCAUGCUCUUUUAUGGAAAAGUUUUGUGCUUGUCAAGCUUCCUGCAUUAAUCGAAAAGUUGGAAGCAAGAAAAUUAUCAAAACUUGGUGAAAAUGAAGAAAUUAAGUAUGGUCGUCAUGAAUGUGUGAUUAAUCAAUUGUUUGGGUUUCGAGGAUUGUUUAGUGCAUGUAAUCAGCAAUCGGAAGGAAUAAUCGAAGAUAUUAAUAUUUUUCAGGUUGCUGAUAUAUCAGCUGAUAUUUUAAAAGCAUGCAUUAAAAGAAAUCUUUUAAGACGAGAGUUUGUAUUACGAUUAUUGGAACUCGAAUAUAGUGGAUCAGAUUCUAUGGAAACUGAUUCUUAUGCUGGUAAUAUCCUAGAUGAUCCUAAUAAUGAUAUGAUAGAAAGUUUUGUGUCUAUGAUUACUACACGUCUUUCGGAUCAGGAGUCAAGAAUUGAAACAAUAUUAAGGGUAAUAACGGAGUGGAGUAAUAAUCGAAAAUUACAACUUUUGUCUACAUUGUGUCGUCUUCUUAACGAAAAUUCGGUUCUUCUUGAUAUUAUUCUUCUGUAUCAUCAUCCUUCUGCAAUUUUGCAACCUUUGGAACAAUUAUGUAAUACAUGGGAAAAACCUAAUGAUGAUGAUGAUUUGGAAUCUUAUCUCAAGGAUUGCGAAAAUUUUGGCACAAUAUUUUUAUUCUUUAUCAAUAUAAUUGAUAGAUAUGAGAAUCUUAAAGAUGUACUAUGUGAUGAAAAAGGUUUUUGCCAUACGUGGAUUCUUCAAUCAUCAGUUGCGUAUGAAACGAGGUCCAUUACUACUGAAAAGGCUUAUAUGGUUGAGAAUUGGGUUGAUGCAAUAUCCUCAAUUGAAGAUAUUCCUAAUGAUCUUAUAAUGGCGACCAAUCCCCGAAUUUUAAUCGAAUUAGCACCCACAAUAUUCAAGCGAGCACUCUUAGGAAUCGACAAAAAUUUUGAAAGUGCCAGAUCUGUUACACUUGAAACAUUGUUGACAAAUUUUGAAUUUUUUUUGAAACCUCAUUCAUCAUAUGCAUUGGUUGGAGCCAUUCAAUGGCUAUGUGAUGAUGUUUUCUUUAAAGGCCAGAACACGAUAUCAUCAAAAGUCCUUAAAUUUUUGAUAUCAUCAAAGGAUUUCCCUGUUUCAGUUACACGAUUAGUAACAAAUAAAGUGUUGAAUAUUUUAGGUAAUUCAUCAGGUAGUUUACCAUCAAUAGAAGAUACUGAGACAGACAUUAGACUAAAACUUGCUACUGCAAGUAAUGAACCAGUAUUAUCAUCCUCAAAACAUCCAUCCGAAACACUUUUCUCACGCUUUGAUAUAAUGUUUAAAUCUAUUGUCUGUGGUGGACGCAAGCGACAAACUACUCCUAACAAUAUGAAUAUUGAAUAUGAUAUUGAAUCUCCUCAGAUAGACUUAAACAUAUCCUGGUGGGGACCACACCAUUUAGAUAUUAGUUUGUUUCGAUCAUGUCUAGAAAUUCAUGGACCAAAAAUCUUUGUGGAUUUGAUUGUUAAGGAUAUACUUACUAUUAGCAAAAAAGGAAUUGGCCAUCGAGCAGCCGAACUUGGUGCCUCAUUAAUUACAAUCCCUUUAUGCUAUACGUGGAAUGCAUAUAUUCACCCAAAUAAUCUCAUUUACAUCCUAUUUUCGGAUGUACUUGUUCGUGCACUUGACAAAAAUGUCACUUUAUAUGUACAAGGUCAAGCUUUAGGAAUAAUGGCUUUACUAGUAUUAAUUAUUUGGAAAACUCAAUCUAAUAUAUCCACUAAAAUUGGUGGAAAGAGUAUUUAUGAAAUGUUGAUAACAUAUAUAUUACCAAAAUUUCAAAAUCAAAAAAAUUAUAGUGAAAAUGAUUUAAAUCAACAUAAAGUAACAAAAGAAACUUGGAGUACACUUAUGUAUGGACCUACGAGAGGGUUUAUUGAUAGUUUGAUCUCUUAUAAUGAUCUUAUUGAAGAAGUACCACAAUUGGCCAUAGAUAAAUUAGAUGAUGAAUUUGAUGAUAAAUUAGAUGAUAAACUAGAUGAUAAAUUAUAUGAUAAAUGA